UUUGCGAAUAUUUUUUCACCUCGCGAACAUAUCUGCUAGAAAAACAUUGCGUCUGGCAACCCUUGAGGUGGUGAAUUGACCUGCCAUCUUUCUUUCCGUAUUCUCUGCGCGAUGGGAAUCAGUCGGGAUUCGUACCAUAAGAGGCGCUCCACUGGAGGCAAGAGGAAGCCGAUUCGCAAGAAGCGAAAGUAUGAGUUGGGACGUCCAGCGGCCAACACAAAGCUGGCGGCAGCUCGUGUUCAUGUGGUGAGAACACGUGGCGGCAACAGGAAGUUUAGGGCGCUCCGUCUGGACACCGGCAACUUCUCGUGGGCGUCCGAGGGCACGGCCCGCAAGACGCGCAUCAUCGACGUGGUGUACAAUGCGUCGAACAACGAGCUGGUGCGCACCAAGACGCUGGUGAAGAACGCCAUCGUGGUGAUCGACGGCACGCCAUUCCGGCAGUGGUACGAGAGUCACUACAUCCUGCCGUUGGGCCGCAAGAAGGACACCAAGGGCCAGGACGAGAACGAUGUGCUGACAAAGAAGCGCAGCGCGCGCGUCAUGAAGAAGUACUUGGCCAGGCAGAAGUUCGCCAAGGUUGAGCCCGCCCUCGAGGAGCAGUUCACCUCCGGACGAUUGCUCGCUGCGAUCGCUUCCCGCCCGGGACAGCACGGCCGCGCCGACGGAUACAUCCUGGAGGGAAAAGAGCUGGAGUUCUAUCUGAAGAAGAUCAAGUCCAAGAAGUCAAAGUAAAUUUAUUGGCAUGUGGACUCAAUAAAAUCGAGAGGAUUUUACAGACUUAGAA